CAGCGCCGCCGAACCAGGUGGAGAUCACGAAUCACCCACCAUACUCGAAGCUGGAAGUUAAGGAAGGCGAGGAUGUCUCCUUGGAGUGUUUGGUGAAGAACGCGAAGCCCCCUGCGAGGAUCGUGUGGUUCAGAGGAAACGCUGAGCUGAAGGGAGAUACAGUGUCGAAAGAAGAAAUCAAGGAUGUGGAAAGCCAAAAUGGAAACCCGAAGGCCAUGCGGUUUACUACUGUGUCCAGGGUUCAUUUUAAGGCAACUGCGGACGAUGACUACGCUGACUUCACUUGCGAGGCGAGACACGAAGCUCUCCAGAGAGACACUCCAAUGAGGAGCACGGUCCAGCUCAGCGUGUUAUAUCCGCCAGGAGCUCCCUACAUCGAAGGUUAUGCUGAAGGGGAGACGGUUCGGCGAGGACAGAGCAUGGAGCUAGUCUGCAGGAGUCGUGGUGGAAACCCACCAGCCCAGCUGAUAUGGUACAAGAACGGGGAACAGAUACGAAUGGCGUACAGGUAA